GGUGGCGGCGGGACGCCCGAGGAACUACAACUCCCAGCAGCCUCCGCGCGGCGGCACUUCCGGCGGAGCCAGAGCGGCGGCGAGCGCACCCCCGCUUUUGGGGUCCCAGGCACAGAGAAUCCCCCGGUUUUGGGGUCCCGGCCCACAGCAGCCCCGGUUUUGGGGUCCCAGCCCCGUUGCGGGAUGGACACGUCGGAGCCGAGCAGCGCGGCCGAGGAUGAGGAGGAGAAGGCUCCAGAAGUUCGGCCUCGCACCCGCUCCAACCCCGAGGGCGCCGAGGACCGAGCCCCGAGCGGCCCGGGCGGCGCGGGCGGCCAGAGAGAGCCCGUGGGCAACCGGGGAGAUGCCGUGGGCAACCUCAGGGAGCCCGUGGGCAACCGUGGGGAGGCCGUGGGCAACCAGAGAGAGCCCGUGGGCAACCGAGGAGAUGCCGUGGGCAACCAGCGAGAGCCCGUGGGCAACCGGGGAGAUGCCGUGGGCAACCGUGGGGAGGCCGUGGGCAACCAGCGAGAGGCCGUGGGCAGCCGCAGCGAGGGCGAGGGCGAGGCGGCCAGCGCUGGCCACAGCCCCCCGGGCCCGGCCCAGCCUGGCACGGCCUGGCACGGCCCGGGCGAGGUAACCGUGAGAACACCCCGGGUGAACUGCCCCGAGAAACUGAUCAUCUGCCUGGACCUGGCCGAGGAGAUGGCGCUGCCCAAACUGGAGUCCUUCAACGGGACCCGCAGCAACGCGCUGACGGUGGCACAGAAGAUGAUCGAGAUGUUCGUCAGGACCAAACACAAAAUCGACAAAAGCCACGAGUUCGCCCUGGUGGUGGUGAACAACGACAGCACCUGGCUCUCGGGGUUCACGUCAGACCCGCGCGAGGUUUGCAGCUGCCUCUACGACCUGGACACCGUCGUGUGCCAGUCCUUCAAUCUGGACGGGCUCUUCAACCUCAUCCAGCAGAAGGUGGAGCUGCCGGUGACCGAGAGCGUCCCGACCAUCCCCCCGCCCUUCGUGCUCAGAACCAUCCUGGUGCUGGGGCGCUGCCAGCCCCCCUUCGGCGGGGCUGAGCAGGCCAAGAAGCUGCUGCAGUGCCCUUAUUUCUUCUUUGACGUGGUUUACAUCCACAAUGGGCUGGACGAGAAGGAGGACGAGAGCAGCUGGAAGGACAUGUUCGGGUUUCUGGGCAGCCUGGACACCAAAGGCACCAGUUACAAGUUCGAGGUGGCGCUGGCGGGGCCGGCGCUGGAGCUGCACAACUGCAUGGCCAAGCUGCUGGCGCAUCCCCUGCAGCGGCCCUGCCAGAGCCACGCGCGCUACGGGCUGCUGGACGGGGACAGCGGGGACGGCGAGGCCACCCCCUGAGGGACGGCCAGGGAGGGGACACAGGCCCAGGGGACAUCGCUGGAGGGGACACUGGCCAGGGGGAUGCCCCAGCUGGCGCCCAGAACGGCGGCAUCGCCGCGCAAAGAGAAUCGUCCCCGUU